UCCCUCUCUGUCUCACUCUCUCUCUCUCUUUUUCCCUCUCCUAUAGGAGCACAAUGAAAGCCUGUGUAUCGCCGUGACUGCGGGCGGGAGCCAGUGUCAGCAAAGCGGCUCACAACAGACAAGAAAGAGAAAGGAAAAUACAAGCUACUUUUUUUUUUUUUUCCAUCUCUAAAGCGGAGCAAUACAAGAGAUAGAACCACAUUGCUUAUUGCUGAGUCCAGACCCUCAGAUCCACUGGCCGGGGAUGGAAUGUACAAAAGUGGACAGAAAAGUGGCUGGACAUGACUCGGUGCAAUUUGCUGGAAGUUUGUAAGUUUGACCAUCGUUUGUAAAUUACUCUCGGAAGAGUUUGUCUCUCUUGAUACUGUGUUAGCAUAGAGUCGGGGGUGAGGACUAGAAACCUAAGUGGGAAAGAAAAAAAAAUGUGUCGGAGGCUCUCUUUCAGUGGCUAGCCACUUCAGAUUGCUUUCCUUUAAGGCUAGGAAACCUUAGAGGGAAUGAGGAUUUUACCAGUGAUUGGAUUAGCUGGAGAAAAAAGCGUAGUUCAAAAGUCCAAUUACUGACAUUGUUAACAAUUGAAAAGGCUGUCUCCCUCUUUUGGGAGAAGGCAACAUCCUCCAGUACCCCCUCUCCCCAAAGAGGACAGAACGCCCGAGCCAAGGGAAGGGGAGGAAAGGCUGGAGGCAGAGAGCAAGCCUCCCUCGGUUCCUGCACAUUCGGAACACUGACUUCAGAAACCUUCUAAAAGAGCUCUGUUUGAUUUUGCCAUUUUUAUCCCCAAGAGAAGGAGAAGGCUGCCAGCUACAUAGAGCAGGGCACAAAUGGAUUUCUCUGCGGAAACAUCCCCAUAAAGCAUUUUCUGAAACAAUUAGGUGAGGGGGAGCCCAGGUCACCCUCUGCUAAUAUCUCGCUCUGUUCCUUUUUCUGUGGGUUUCUGUCUCUGGUUUGACAAUCCCGGAGUUCUUGCUCUAACUCUCAAGUCGUGUGUUUACAAAGUACCUAGUGGCUCUUGUCAGCUCUGGGGGGUGGAGGGUGGAGGGAAAGCCAACUCUUUCCAACUUCUCCACAACUGUCAGCCACAAUUAGAAUAAGUUGAUCAGGGUUUGUCUCCAACUUAUCCUCUGCAAUUGGUUUCUAUUCUUUCUCCCUAACCUCUGUGGACUAAUUCCCUUCCCCCACAUCUUCUCCACUGCUCCCCCCCACCACCACAGCAACCCCUGAAGACCUCUAUUCAUGUGGCCCUGAACAUUGAGCUCACAUUGUCAAAGACAGAUUUGCCUGCCAUAGGCAGCAGGACCCCCUUUCCUUCUCACCAUCCUAUAGGCAGCAAACAUUGUGUACAGCAAGAUGGGGGACACAGCGCCCCCGCAGGCCCCCGCAGGAGGGCUAGGGGGGGCCUCUGGGGCGGGGCUCCUUGGAGGGGGCUCAGUCACCCCGAGAGUGCACAGUGCUAUCGUGGAGCGCCUCCGGGCUCGGAUCGCCGUCUGCCGCCAGCACCACUUGAGCUGUGAAGGACGCUACGAACGUGGUAGAGCUGAAAGCUCAGAUAGGGAAAGAGAGAGCACCUUGCAACUCCUGAGCCUGGUCCAGCAUGGCCAGGGGGCCAGGAAGGCUGGCAAACACACCAAGGCCACGGCCACAGCUGCUACCACUGCAGCCCCUUUGCCGCCCCCUGCUGCCCCUACUACAGCUUCCCAAGCUGCAGCCACAGCAGCCCCGCCGCCCCCACCAGACUACCACCAUCACCACCAACAGCACCUGCUCAACAGUAGCAAUAAUGGUGGCAGUGGUGGGAUAAAUGGAGAACAGCAGCCAUCAGCUUCGGCCUCGGGGGACCAGAGGAACUCGGCCUUGAUUGCGCUCCAGGGUUCCUUGAAAAGAAAACACGGAGUUAACCCAUCUCCUGCCAACAGCAAGAGGCCCAAUGGCUUUGUUGACAAUUCAUUCCUUGAUAUCAAAAGAAUUCGUGUGGAGGAGAACUUAUCUGGAGGACAAGGUGGACUCCAAAUAAAUAAUGGACAAAAUCAGAUCAUGGCAGGGACCUUGCCAAUGAGCCAGCCAACCCUGAGAAAGACCAACACUCUACCGUCCCAUUCACAUUCUCCCGGCAACAGCAUGUUUAACAUGGGCUUAAAGGAGGUGAAGAAGGAGCCAGGAGAGACUGUGUCUUGCAGCAAGCACAUGGAUGGCCAAAUGGCCCAGGAGAGUAUUUUUCCAAAUAGAUUUGGAGAAGACUCUGGAGAGCAAAUGAUGGACCCUGAACUGCAGGAACUGUUCAAUGAACUUACUAACAUUUCUGUGCCUCCCAUGAGCGACCUUGAACUGGAGAACAUGAUCAAUGCCACCAUAAAGCAGGAUGACCCAUUUAACAUUGACUUGGGUCAGCAAAGCCAGAGGAGCACUCCCAGGCCUUCCUUGCCCAUAGAGAAGAUAGUGAUCAAAAGUGAAUACUCACCUGGCAGCCUGACUCAGGGUCCCUCAGGCUCUCCUCAGCUGCGGCCCCCAUCAACUGGGCCUACAUUUUCUAUGGCUAAUUCUGCUCUUUCCACAUCAUCUCCAAUCCCGUCAGCCCCUCAGAAUCAGGUUCCGUCUCAGACAGCCUCAGGAGCAAGCCGGGCACUGCCAGGCUGGCAGGAAGUAUCCCAUGCCCAGCAGCUCAAACAGAUAGCUGCCAAUCGUCAGCAACAUGCCAGGAUGCAGCAGCAGCACCAGCAGCAGCACCCGCCUACCAACUGGUCCACCUUACCCUCCACCACUGGACCAUCCCCAGGUCCAUUUGGGCAGGAGAAAAUUCCAAGCCCUUCUUUUGUUCAGCAACCGUUCAGCCCACAGAGCUCACCCAUGCCUGGGGUUGGCAGCAGCAACCAGUCGAAAGUAAUGGCCAACUACAUGUACAAAACCAGCUCUUCAGCCCAAAGUGGGCCUCUAGAUGUGCUCAUGCAGCAAAAACCUCAGGAUCUCAGUCGAAGCUUUAUUAACAACCCACAUCCAGCCAUGGAGCCCCGUCAUGGCAACACCAAGCCUUUGUUCCAUUUUAACUCAGAUCAAGCCAACCAGCAGAUGCCUUCUGUUUUGCCUACCCAGAACAAGCCUUCUCUCCUACACUACACCCAGCAGCAGCAGCAGCAGCAACAGCAACAGCAACAACAGCCACAGCAACAGCAGAGCUCACUUUCUGCUCAACCACAGCAAAACUCAAUGUCAGCUCAGCAGCAAAGCUCAAUGUCAGCUCAACUGCAGCAAAGUUCAAUGUCAGCUCAACAACAACAACAGCAGCAGCAGCAGCAGCCACCAUCCCAGCCCACCCAGCCUUUGUCAACCCAGCCUUUACUAAGGUCACCCUUGCCACUUCAGCAAAAGAUCCUGCUUCAGAAAAUUCAGAAUCAGCCCAUCACAGGACUGGGGUAUCAAGUCACCCAGCAACACAGACAGGAUCAACAGUCUGUGGUAGGCCAGAACACAGGCCCCAAUCCAAGUCCCAACCCUUGCUCAAAUCCAAACACUGGAAGCGGUUUCGUGAACUCCCAACAAUCCCUGUUGAAUCAGCAGUUGAUAGGAAAGAAGCAGACACUUCAGAGGCAGAUCCUGGAACAGAAGCAGCAGCUUCUUCUGCAACAUCAGAUGCUGGCUGAUGCGGAGAAAAUUGCUCCACAGGAUCAGAUAAAGCGACACUUGACAAGGCCACCCCCGGACUACAAAGACCAAAGAAGAAGUGUGGGCAAUAUGCAGCCAAAUGCCCAGUAUUCUGGUGGUUCAUCAACAGUGAGUUUAAACUCUAACCAGGCUCUGACAAACCCAGUUUCUACGCAUACCAUUUUAACCCCCAAUUCCAGCCUCAUGUCUACUUCCCAUGGGACAAGAAUGCCAUCAUUAGCCACAGCAGUUCAGAACCUCGGGAUGUAUGGAAAUCUUCCGUGUAAUCAACCUGGCACAUACAGUGCCACUUCAGGAAUGAAUCAACUAACCCAACAGAGAAAUCCUAACCAAUUGAUAACAAAUCAAAACAACCCUCUGAUGCCCCGAUCACCUGCCUUAGGGCCAACUAGCAAUAACAGUGUGACCACUUUUGGAGCAGGAUCUGUAGGUAGUUCACAACUGAGACCAAACCUAGCUCAUAGCAUGGCAACCGUGCCAGCACAGAGAUCAUCAAGUGUCAUGAUUACAUCCAACGCAACAGGACCAACCUGGGCCUCUCAAGAAGCAACAGCCAAACAACAGGAAGCCCUGAAGUCUGGAAGCAUUCGUUUCUCCACAGCUACACCUGCAUCCUAUACCCAAAACCAGUCUUUGCAGCAGGCUGUAGGUAGCCAGCAAUUUUCCCAGAGGGCAGUGGCUCCUCCUAACCAGUUGACACCAGCAGUGCAGAUGAGACCCAUGAAUCAAAUGAACCAGACAUUAAAUGGACAAACCAUGGGUCCGCUUAGGGGUUUGAAUCUCAGACCAAAUCAGCUAAAUACACAGAUUUUGCCUAAUCUCAAUCAGUCAGGGACAGGAUUGAAUCAGCCGAGGACAGGCAUAAGCCAGCCACCAUCCCUGACACCGAACAACUUUCCUUCACCCAACCAAAGUUCCAGGGCUUUUCAAGGAACUGACCAUGGCAAUGACUUAACUUUUGACUUCCUCAAUCAACAGACUGACAACAUGGGCCCUGCCCUAAACAGUGAUGCUGAUUUCAUUGAUUCUUUACUGAAGACAGAACCUGGUAAUGAUGACUGGAUGAAAGACAUCAAUCUUGAUGAAAUAUUGGGGAACAAUUCCUGAAGAGAACAAGGAAACAACAUAAAAACCCCAAGUACUAGAAGAAAAUAUUUUAGAAGGACUCUGUAAAGGCUAUAUGUGACUUUUCAGGUGGACUACAUGGAGACACCAUUGCUUGUAAAUGGAAAGAAGAAAGCAACUGUGUGGUGAAUGAUUUGGUCCAACUUUUUGUAUAAAAUCUCAAACCUGAAAGUAAAGCAUUGGAUCGCUUUUCCCACCUAAACUCCUGGACACAGUAUCCAACUUAUCCAAAAGGAACUGUGAUGUUGAUGUGUAAUUAAUUGUGUAAGAUAGGCUUCCUAAUCUCCUUUUCUGCCUGAAAGAAAAGUAAUAGAAUCCGUAGCUUACUUAAAUACCAGGUCAUGAAGUGGUACUCAUUCCAAGAAACAAAAAACAAAUGUUUUUAAUUUGUUGUAGCAGCUAUUUGUGGUAUAAUUUAUCCACUCUGCAUUCUGAUUUAAUUUUCGUAAAACUUGCAAUACAGGUUGAUAUAUUAUAGGUUUGCUUGGAGUAGCCAAAUAGUGUCCUAAGUAAGGGACAGCAAGAGAAGCUAGAAAACAUCCAGUGAAGUACAGAACUCCACAUUCAUCCUUCAUUUUUAUAGUUCUCCUAUAUAUUCUAUUCUUCAGUGGAAUGCCAUGUUUCUACUGGUGAAACAAGAACGUAGAGCUGUGCACCUUGACUUUGGCUUUCACAAUCAAUUUCUAACCAAGUUUAAAUAUAAAUAAGGCUGUCCUAAUUAUACUGAAAUAUUGAUGCACACCUGCAUACAUCAGAUUUCACUGAAAAAUAUUGGACAUUGAUACAAAGAAGAUGAAUUUGACAACACAUAACCAGGAGUAGUGUUUAUUGUAAUUGAUGCCCACUGGUUUGUCCCAAGACUGAAUGCAACUGAGUCUGUGCUCCCUACACUUGUUGAUGACCAGUGACUGGUUUGUAAGAGAAGGAAGUUUGGAAACCAAAACAGAGAUGAGAAGAUAGCGUCUUUUUUGGUUACAGAUAAGAACUAGAUUUGGCAGGUACAAGUGGACAAAAAUGUGUGUCAUGGGGUUUAAAAGAAUGCAUAAGUAAGAAAGAAAAAACAGUCCAACCUCGUUUAGACCUAUGUGGAUCUGGUUAACAGGUACCUAAAAUGUGGUCUGUUCAUAGAGGUCUGAUAUUCCCUUGUUCCUCUGUGAGAUUAUGAAUGCAUGACUGGAGGACCUUUCACUUCCAGGCUUUCUCCCUCCGGGCUGAGCAUCAUAUCAAAGAGGUAUUUUUGUUUGUUUUCAUUUGACCUCUGUUCAUACAUAGAAAUCAGACAUAAAAUGAAGAUGUACAGACUUCAGAUAGAUGCAAAAUAGCACUCUCAUUUUCUUCAUUACAGAAGAGCAAAUAUUAUCUUCAGCCCUCUUAGUUAUAUACUGAAAAAGUCAAAUAUUAAAUGUCAUUUAACUCAAGCAGCUUUAUUACAAAGUCUUUAAAUCACUUGUCAAGAAAGAACACAGAUUUGGAAAGUUUGGCAAAGCCCUCUCAGUCUUUGAAAUUUCUGGAGGCACUCUUUCACACAAUACCAACAUCACUAGCCCAGGAUCUUUUCUGUGCAAGUUUGUAAAUAUAAAUAAAUGACUUGUUUUGUAAACUUUUGUAAAGAAUAUUUUGCCAGAAAUACUUAAAACAUAUUCUUGGGGUUAUAUUUAUACAUAUGUGAAUUAAAUAUACUAUCAAAAGGUUAUAUUUUAUACAAAAAGUAAAUUGUUACCUUUUGUAUGCUAAUAUACAAAGUUUUGUAUAAUAUGAUUGUUUAUUUUUAGCUCUACACUUAAACCAUAGGUGGUUGAGUGGAAACUUUUAAAAACUAUCAAGAAGCUUGGUGGACAAAUUUAUAUUCUGAAACCUCAAUAAGAAGGCAUUCCAGGUUUCAAUCUUUUCUUUCUCUUUUUUGUUCAGCUCCAGGUUUUUUUUUUAAAUUCAUUGUUCUUUUGUCUUAUUUGAUUAUUCUGCUGUGCAUAUUAUAUUGGUCCUUGUUGCAUGUGGUCUACUGUGUGUUUUCCCAUUUUAUAAAACAAUGUUUCUCCAUGCAAGCAAGAAAGGAAAAAUUAGUGUACAUAUAAACACUUUUAUUUUAUGGCUAAUCCAUGUUAUUGUAUAUAUCUCCCAGCACUUCCCAGUUACACUCCUGUGAUUCAGCUUAUUUUCAUCUUAACAUAAGUAGUAUGUUUUGUUGUAGCUAUCAAAUUUAAGAGAUAAAGCAAUCAGAAUGUUUGGAUUUUCUUCUAUCUUAAUGUGAAUUUCAUAAUUAAUGUCUAUUUAUUCAGCUAUUCAUUAAAAUGCAGGAUUCUUUGGAAAAACGGUGUAGUCCAUAGUUUCUGUUUGUUGGUAGCCUAUUACCAAAGAUGCUGUAAUUUUCUUUAAAACUAAGAUAAUGACAAUUUGAUAGACAUGUUUAGCCCAAACCUUAGGAGUUACAAUUUAUGAACUAUUGGAAUACAAUCACCCGUUUAUAGAAAGCUCAGACUACUUAAUCGUUAGCGUUGUUAAUUACCCUGGCUUAGUAACAGGAGGUAGAAGUAAUUUUUUCUUUUUUUAAAAAUGCAAAGUCUAAAGGCAAUUUAUACAAAUAAUUCAUUCUUGGCUUGGUGUUAAGUUCAAUGAAAAUAAAUAACUCUGAUGAAUGCACUAAUAUUACCUGCAUUAUUGUAACCAUUCCCAUAAUUGUAAAAACUUCAAUUUGUGAAACAAGUAUUUUGUAUUAUGUGCAAUUCUAUGUGUAAAAAAAUAGUUUUAAAAAAUUCA